AUGACAAAAUAUUUAAUUUUUUUACUUCUAUUAAUAUGCUAUUGUUUAGCUAAUGAUCCAGAAGUUAAUAUGUCUCCAAUUGAAAUUAUAGAAUAUUGGGGAUAUCCAGCUGAAGAUAUAACUGCAACAACAGAAGAUGGAUAUGUUUUACAUAUGCAUCGUAUAAGACAUGGAAAAGGACAAAGUGAUAAUAAAAAUAGACCUGUUGUUUUUAUGCAACAUGGAUUAUUAUGUUCUUCAACUAAUUGGAUAACAAAUUUACCUUCACAAUCUGCAGCAUUCAUUUUUGCUGAUGCAGGAUUUGAUGUUUGGCUUGGAAAUAUAAGAGGUGAUACAUAUUCAAUUGAUAAUAAUCAUAUUAAUACAAAUACCAAAGAAUUUUGGGCUUUUUCAUGGGAUGAAAUGGUAAAGUAUGACUUAGAUGCAAUGAUAGACAAAGCAUUAGAAAUUUCAGGACAAAAACAACUUUAUUAUAUUGGUCAUUCACAGGGAACUUUAAUAAUGUUUUCAAAACUUUCUAUUGAUCCAAAUUUUAAAAAUAAAAUAAAGAAAUUUUUUGCAUUAGCACCUGUUGGAACUGUAGGUCAUAUAAAAGGUGCUAUGGAAGUAUUGGCUAAAUUAUUAUAUCCAGAAAUUGGUUUUAUUUUAACAAUACUUGGUGAUAAAGAAUUUUUGCCAAAUAAUUGGCUUAUGGAAAUAUUAAAUAAAGCUGUAUGUGAAAAUUCAUUAAUAAAUACCAUGUGUGAUAACAUUUUAUUUUUAAUUGCUGGUCCAGAAUCAAAUCAAUUAAAUAAAUCAAGAGUUCCUGUUUAUAUGGGACAUACACCGGCAGCAACAUCUGUCCAAAAUAUGGUUCAUUGGAUGCAAAUGGUUCAUUCAAAGAAGCAAGAAAUGUAUGAUUAUCGUAAUGAAAAACAAAAUCUAAAACAUUAUGGUCAACCAACACCACCAAUAUAUGAUAUUACAAAUGUUAAUGCUGAUACAUACUUAUAUUGGGGAGAUUCUGAUUGGCUUGGUGAUCCUGAAGAUAUUAAAAUGCAUUUAAUACCAAAUCUUGAUCCAUCAAUUUUAAAAGGAAAUGUGGAAUUAAAAGAUUUUAAUCAUUUAGAUUUUAUUUGGGGUUUAAGAGCACCAAAUGAAGUAUAUAAACCUAUUUUAAAUAUCAUAUUAGAAGAUCUUUCUAAAAACUAA